UUAGUUCUCUUUCCCAUCUUGCAAGAUGGCGGGUGAAAAGGCUGAGAAGUCUGUUGCAAAAGAGAAGAAGCCACAAGCCAAGAAGGCUGAUGCUGGGGCUCAGAGUAAGAAGGCGAAAGCCAAGGCUAAGGCCAAGGCCAAGGCCAGAAAGGGAACGCCACACUGCAGCCGGAACCCAGUCCUGGUCAGAGGCAUCGGCAGAUACUCGCGGUCGGCUAUGUAUUCCAGAAAGGCCAUGUACAAGAGGAAGUACUCAGCUGCUAAAUCCAAAGUGGAGAAGAAAAAGAAGGAAAAGGUCCUUGCAACUGUAACAAAGCCAGUUGGUGGUGACAAGAAUGGUGGUACCCGAGUGGUUAAGCUUCGUAAAAUGCCUAGGUACUACCCAACUGAAGAUGUGCCUCGGAAGCUGUUGAGCCACGGCAAAAAGCCCUUCAGCCAGCAUGUCCGGAAGCUGCGAGCCAGCAUCACUCCCGGGACCAUUCUGAUCAUCCUCACUGGGCGCCACAGAGGCAAGAGGGUGGUUUUCCUGAAGCAGCUGGAGAGUGGCUUGCUCCUUGUGACUGGACCUCUGUCACUCAACCGUGUUCCUCUGCGUAGAACACACCAGAAAUUUGUCAUUGCCACCUCCACCAAAAUUGAUAUCAGUAGUGUGAAAAUCCCCAAGCAUCUCACUGAUACUUACUUCAAGAAGAAGAAGCUGCGAAAGCCCAGACACCAGGAAGGUGAGAUCUUCGACACAGAGAAGGAGAAAUACGAGAUUACAGAGCAGCGCAAGGUUGAUCAAAAAGCUGUGGACUCACAAAUUUUGCCAAGAAUCAAAGCUGUUCCUCAGCUCCAGGGCUAUCUCCGCUCUGUGUUUGCUCUUACAAAUGGAAUUUACCCACAUAAACUGGUGUUCUAAACUACUUUUUAAAAGAACUUAAUUAAAUAAUGUAUUCAUUUC